AUGAACGUAGAAUUGUAUUCGCGCGACUUGGAGACUUUUCGAGUUCAAGAGUACAUCGACCGUCAUUCGGGUCUUCCACUUAGGUCGUACACAGUUGAUCUGCAAAGCAGUCAGUGCGAGUACUGGUUAUUUCAGACUCUUCAAUAUCCGUGUGCGUAUGUUCAUGCAUCGUGUGUGAGAUCAAACUUAAAUGUUGAUCAAUUCAUAGACGAGAUCUACAUGUUGCAACGUACAUUGCAUAUAUGGGGGAAUAAAUUUCCUGUAAUCACCGAUGUCUCAAACUGGGAAGUUCCACUGCCUGCUUUCCAGAUAGUGCCUAACCAUAGUCUCCGUAGACAUCCUACAGUUCGACCACAAUCUACGAGAAUUCGAAAUGACAUGGACGUCAGGGAGAUGGGCGAACCCAAACUAUGCAUUGUGUGUAAAGCAUCUGGACACAACCGAUCAACUGACCCACAUCGUGUCUAUAUUUCCGGUUAA